UCACUAAGGCGGGUCCGAAAUUUGAUACUCGGAUGAUAUAACGAGUACUAGCAUUGACCGAUUCAGCAAUUGAUUAUAGUCCUCUCUACACAUGCCAUGUGUCUGCCGACUGCCUAUCCGGUCAAAUAUCUUCACUUUUGGUAUAUUUUACCGAUACAGUGACGAUAUGUAAAACCUAGAGAUUGAACCCUCUCAAGGAAAUUCAACUGUCCCGCAGGCGAUAAGUCUAACAAGUUGAAUCACAACUUGCCAAAAAAGAUGGGAAUGCCCUCAGCUGCCGAGUCACCAAUGACCUAGCUAACUCUAUGAUUUCUCAUUAAAUGGAAUCUCUUCAAUAUGCCCUUCCCUUUCGUUUCUAUCCCAAUCUUUUAUAUCCUCCUAAAGUUCAUGUUCUUUCUCACAUGGCCCACGGUGUUUUACUUCUUCAUCCAAUUAUGAUCCUCCACGUCAUUUCCAACAAACCAAGCAUCAUAUUUUAUCAUAUCUUAAUUCUUAACCAUCUGAGGCAAAUAAGUGUUCAACCUUUAAGAUUUUAAUAUUGAAAUUAUUAUAUUUUUAAAAGUUAGGAGCUCAGAUAUAUUAAUUGUUGGAGUCUUAGUAAAUUUUUACACAUAAAUUUAUAUUUGGCGUUGCUACACUGGAGCCUAGGGUCUUUCUGAAAUAGCCUUUUGUACCUUCACGAAAUAGGAGUAAGGUUUGUGUACCCUCUACCCUCCUCAACCCCACUUGUUGGAUUACACUGGAUAUUUAAUUUUUGUAGUAAAUUUAUAUUCCCCGUUAAAAAUACUGAAUUUUGAUAAAUCCCGUGCUAUAAAGUUGCAUCCUCCUCUGACCAUCUUGUCCCAAUUCCACACCAUAUAUAUACCCCAUACAUUUCACCUUUCGAAACCAAACUCUCUUUAUCUAUUCUGCUCUUCUUUGAAGCAUUUAUCAAACACUUUCGUUAUACCUUUAUUCCCCGUCAUCUUUGUCUUUAAUUUAUUGCCUGAAAUAAGUAUGAUCAGCUACUUUGAAGCUGAUGUAAAAUGUCUACAAGACCCAUCUUUAAUUUCCCAAUUCUUUUCUCUUUCAUCUAUAGAAAAAGUUCUGUUUCUUGCCAUUGUAGCUACUUUUAGCAGCUUAAUCAGUAGAAUUAAGGUUAUAUUAAUUUACUUACGUAGGAUAAAGCCUUCUUCUGAACCUCUUCUUCAAUAUCUUAGUGAAGACUUCGACUUUUCUGAUGAUGACGAUGAAUGCUCAUCGGUCUCUUCGGACAAUGAAGAGGUAACAUCUACGAUGUCUUCUCGGGAUCAACUUCCAGUUGAUCAAGAUUUUUCCGUGGCAGGUUCGAGUUUCUACUCUAGUAAGCAAGGUCAAAAUUUUUGUCAUUGUAUGACCUAUAGGUCAAGGGUUCGAGCCCACACAUCUUGGGAUGAGGCCCUUCCUAGGACACUGCUAUUGCAGGAUGCUUUGUGCACCGGCCUACCCUUCAAGCAAGGUCAAAGAAGUAAUUCAAGACUUAGGCAGAGACAGAACAGCGACGACCGGUUUCCGUUAACAGAAUUUAUUGGCGGAAAAAGUGUGGUUAAACUCUGGGAUUUGAAUAAACAACAAAAAACGAGCAAUAUGGUUUUUACCUACGAUGCUAGAGAUGAGAAUAAUGACGUCGUUUUAGCUGCUUAUGAUACGAGAAUGAGGUGUCAGUUUCCUGUGAUAUGUGCUGAGUGGGGUAGAGGAGAGGUUGUGGAUAUUGGUGGUGGUGAGAAAGUGUACGUUAGAGAUGAAGUUGGUGGAGUUUUGAAGGUUGGUGAUAUGAGGAAAGCGAAAAUGCCGGUGGAGACGGUGACGUGUGACCCUUUACGAAAUUGGUGAAAUUGAAACGAUAUAGAAAAGAUUAGCAUCAUCGCAAGAAUAACACUUACAAAUCGAGAAAUAAUCUGUACAUAUUUAUUCAUUAUCAAGAUUGUGUGAAAUGGCAAUUGAUGUUUGAUCGAGCUGACUUUACAUUGUUUAAGUUAAUAAUAGGGAAUGAUUGCUCUAUGUAAGUAUUUUAAUCUGUUUUUUCUACAUCAAUUGUGAUAGUAUAAGGUUUUCUU